AUAAAUUUUUAUAUAAUGAUGCAAUAUACAAUAUGAGCAAAUGGAAUAAUUGAUUUUAAUAAUUUUAAAAGAUAGCAUUCUUAAUUUGACUCUCCUGUUUGAAUAAAAUUUCAUAUUUUAGGUAAGCUAAUAAAAUGGUGAGCGAAGAAACUGUGGAAUUUAGUAAGAAACCUCAACCAAUAUUUAAGAAUCCAAUUUUUCAACAGAAAUUUCGAUCCACUAGUACUACCGGUAAGAAACGUACUUGGCGUUCCUUGAAACAAGUUUUGGCCCAAGAACGUGCUCUACCAUGGUCGGCGGAAACAGUACAUUACAGUUCUAUCAAUGCACCGCCAAGCUUCAGGCCAGCAAAAAAAUAUUCUGAUAUUUCUGGUUUACCCGCACGAUAUACAGAUCCACAGACUAAAUUAUAUUAUGCAACUGCAGAAGAAUUUGCAACAGUUCGAAGUUUGCCAAUGGAUAUAACUGCUGGAUAUCUAGCGUUGCGCGGCGCUUCCAGUAUUGUUGGAUAAAUGAUGCAAUAAUUUUCUAUCGUUUUCUUAUAUUUUUACAUUUAAACAUAGCACAGAUACUUUCUUUUCUUGUAAUUAUCGAUAUCAUUAUUUUAAAAUAAGGAAAUUAUAUAUAAUUCUGAAAACCA